CCGCAGGGCCGGGAGGGGCUCUGACUGGCCGGCUCCUGGGGGCCAGGCCUUUCUUUUGUGGCUUUGCCGUCCUCGGCUGCCGUGCUCAGCACAUCUCCCCAGGGGACAUCUACACCUUGGGCAGCAGCAGGACAGAGGGGAGAUGGCGAGUCCCUGUGAGGGCACUUCCAUUUCCACUCCGCUGGUCACACCUCAAUGACUUCGGCCUCAGUCUUUGUGCAGAAGCGGGCUCUGUGACUGCCGUAGCUUGCUUGUUCCAUGUGUCUGUCACGUCGGUCUUUGUGUGACAGUCCUUUUUAAUGGCGAUCUAAGCAUUUUACAAGGCUCCAGCGUGUUCCGCAACCCCAUCUGAGCCUUUUCUUCCCACUUUCCUCUCUCCCCUGCUUUUGUCUGCAGUACUGAAGGCUCGUCCAUCCCACCGUCCGCCUCAUCAGACCUCGCCUGCGCCCUGGGCACUGCUGGCCCCAACAAGUUCGGGUCCGGAAGCUGCUUUGAGAGCCGCUGAGGCCCUGGCCACACCUCCUGCCUUCCCCGCUGAGCCCGGUUCAUCUGUCGGCAGGCCUCCAGGACGGUCCCUGCACCGAGACCAUAGACAUGCCGUGGCCGCUCUGCUCCCGCCCCCAGCUGGGGCUCUGCGCCCUCCUCUCCCUGGCUGCCGCUGCCUUCCUGGGGCACAUCUUGCUCCACGAUUUUGCCGUGGUCCCCCGAGAGCUGUACAGCUUCUCCCAAGUAUCCGAGGAGAUGGAUCAAGGUUGCCAGCAGGGGGCUGGCGGCCCAAGGCCCCAGCCCAGUCCUGGAGCAGCACCCACACAGUGCGACGUGCCCCCCAACAGCCGCUUUGACUGCGCCCCAGACAAGGCCAUCACCCAGGAGCAGUGUGAGGCCCGGGGCUGCUGCUAUGUGCCCGCGAGGUGGAGAUCUGGAGAAUCCCAGAUGGGGCAGCCCUGGUGCUUCGUCCCACCCAGCUACCCCAGUUACAAGCUGGGGAACCUGACCACCACAGACACGGGCUACACAGCCAGCCUGACCCGAGACAGCCCGACCUUCUUCCCCAAGGACAUCCUGACCUUACGGCUGGAAGUGCUGAUGGAGACCGAGAGCCGACUCCACUUCACGAUCAAAGACCCUGCCAACCGGCGCUACGAGGUGCCCUGGGAGACCCCGCGCACGCGCCGCCGCGCACCGUCGUCCCUCUACAGCGUGGAGUUCUCCGAGGAGCCCUUUGGGCUGGUCGUGCGCCGCAAGCUGGACGGCAGGGUGCUGCUGAACACCACGGUGGCCCCCCUGUUCUUCGCUGACCAGUUCCUGCAGCUGUCCACGUCCCUGCCGUCCCAGCACAUAACUGGCCUCGCCGAGCACCUGGGCCCCCUGAUGCUCAGCACCAACUGGACCAAGAUUACCCUCUGGAACCGGGACAUCGCCCCCGUGCCUGACGUAAACCUGUACGGGUCCCACCCCUUCUACCUGGCGCUGGAGGACGGCGGGCUGGCUCACGGGGUCUUCCUCCUGAACAGCAAUGCCAUGGACGUGGUCCUGCAGCCGAGCCCAGCCCUCAGCUGGAGGUCAACAGGCGGGAUCCUGGACGUGUACGUCUUCCUGGGCCCGGACCCCAAGAGCGUGGUGCGGCAGUACCUGGACAUUGUGGGCUACCCGUUCAUGCCGCCCUACUGGGGCCUGGGCUUCCACCUGUGCCGCUGGGGCUACUCGUCCACCGCCAUCACCCGCCAGGUGGUGGAGAACAUGACCAGGGCCCACUUCCCCCUGGACGUCCAGUGGAAUGACCUGGACUACAUGGACGCCAAGAGGGACUUCACUUUUAACAAGGACGGCUUUGGGGACUUCCCGGCCAUGGUGCAGGAGCUCCACCAGAGCGGCCGGCGGUAUGUGAUGAUCGUGGACCCCGCCAUCAGCAGUGCCGGGCCCCCCGGGAGCUACCGACCCUACGACGAGGGUCUGCGGAGACGGGUUUUCAUCACCAACGAGACCGGGCAGCCACUGAUUGGGAAGGUGUGGCCGGGACCCACUGCCUUCCCCGACUUCACCAACCCCGAGACCCUUGACUGGUGGCAGGACAUGGUGGCCGAGUUCCACGCCCAAGUGCCCUUCGACGGCAUGUGGAUUGACAUGAACGAGCCAUCCAACUUCGUGAAGGGCUCCGUGGACGGCUGUCCCGCCAAUGACCUGGAGAACCCGCCCUAUGUGCCGGGUGUGGCUGGCGGGACCCUCCGUGCAGCUACCAUCUGCGCCUCCAGCCGCCAGCUCCUCUCUACCCACUACAACCUGCACAACCUGUACGGCCUGACGGAGGCCGUGGCCUCCCACAGGGCCCUGGUGAAGACUCGGGGGACACGCCCCUUCGUGAUCUCCCGCUCCACCUUCGCCGGCCACGGCCGAUAUGCCGGCCACUGGACAGGGGACGUGCAGAGCAGCUGGGAGCAGCUCUCCUCCUCCGUGCCAGAAAUCCUGCUCUUCAACCUGCUGGGGGUGCCCCUGGUCGGGGCCGACGUCUGCGGCUUCCUGGGCGACACCUCGGAGGAGCUGUGCGUGCGCUGGACGCAGCUGGGGGCCUUCUACCCCUUCAUGCGGAACCACAACGACCUGCACAGCCAGCCACAGGAGCCGUAUCGGUUCAGCGAGGCGGCCCAGCAGGCCAUGAGGAAGGCCUUGGCCCUGCGCUACGCGCUGCUGCCGCACUUCCUCGGGGCCCACGCCAGGGGCGAGACCGUGGCCCGGCCCCUCUUCCUAGAGUUUCCCGAGGACCCCAGCACCUGGACCGUGGACCGCCAGCUCCUGUGGGGAGAGGCUCUGCUCGUUACCCCAGUGCUCGAGGCCGGGAAGGUGGAGGUGACCGGCUACUUCCCCUCCGGCACGUGGUACGACCUGCAGACGGUGCCAGUAGAGGCCCUUGGCAGCCUCCCGCCUCCACCUCCAGCACCCCUCAAGUCUGCCGUCCACAGCAAGGGUCAGUGGGUGACACUGUCAGCCCCACUGGACACCAUCAACCUCCACCUGCGGGCUGGGCACAUCAUCCCCCUGCAGGGCCCCGGCCUCUCCACCACGGAGUCCCGUAAGCAGCCCAUGGCCCUUGCCGUGGCCCUGACUGGGAGCGGGGAGGCCCGAGGGGAGCUCUUCUGGGACGACGGGGAGAGCCUGGGGGCGCUGGAGCGCGGGGCCUACACGCAGCUCGUCUUCCUGGCCAGGAACAACACCAUCGUCAACGAGCUGGUGCACGUGACCGGUGAGGGGGCUGGCCUGCAGCUGAGGAAGGUGACUGUCCUGGGGGUGGCCACGGCCCCCCAGCAGGUUGUGUCCAAUGGCGUUCCUGUCUCCAACUUCACCUACAACCCCGACAGCCAGACCCUGGCCAUUCCUGUCUCGCUGGCACUGGGAGAGCAGUUCCUCAUCAGCUGGUCUUAACGGAGGCCGCGGCUCACGGAGCGCCAGUUCCCAGCGGCCCCCCACGCCUGUGCACCUGGGCAGCGCGUGGGCCUCAAAGUCACGCUACCUUCCAUGAAUGCCCAGGCUCGCCCCUGAGUCUCCCUCCAGCGCUGGGGUGCUGGGCCACAGCAGUCGCUCGGCCCAGAUCCCAAGUUGGGUCAGGCUCCUGAGGGUUUGGAAUGUCACACGGGAGGCUUACUCUCUGUGGCUCGUCACUGGAAUGGGUGUCAGGGUCAGCUGCCACCAGCCGCCUGCCCGUGCAAUGGGGAUGUAGUCCCUGUCCCAGGUGGCUCUGCUGCUCUGACCGGAUGACAGGCCGUGCUGGGUGCUUUCUGGGCAGCCGCCCCACCAGCAGAUGGCACUGUCCGCCAGUCCAAGAGCGGGCCCGGGGGCUUGGGGUUCUUAGGGCCACGCAGACCUUUAAUCCUAAGUGCAUUUAUUUUUAAUAAAAGGAGUGUUUGCUGCA